AUGGCCCGGAGCCGGCUGUCAUCCAGCUGGACCCUGCUGGUCACUUUAGCGAUACUGUUUGGCUGCUUCAUCACACCUGGAGCCGCGGUGAAGCAUGAGAAUUUCAAGAAAUGCUCUCAAUCAGGAUUCUGUAAGCGCAACAGAGCGCUUGCCGACGAUGUCUCAGCCAAGGGCUCAUCCUGGAGCUCCCCGUACGAACUCGAUCCCUCAAACAUUCAAUUUAAAGACGGGCAACUCCAAGGAAUGAUUUUGAAAACCGUCUCGCCGACCGAGAAGGUGAAGCUGCCUCUGAUCAUCGCUUUCCUGGAAUCUGGUGUCGCACGAGUUACUGUCGAUGAGGAGAAGCGCAUGACCGGUGAUAUUGAGAUCCGCCAUGGAAGCCAGGCACGUAAAGAGCGAUACAACGAUGCACAGUCAUGGGUCUUGGUCGGUGGCUUAGACGCCAGCAAGUCGGCGAUCCUAAGCACGGAAGCUGAGGGAUAUACUAAGGUUCUGUAUGGACCUGAUAAUGCCUACCAGGCUGUCAUCCGUCAUUCCCCCUUCUCAGUGGAUUUCCAGCGCGAUGGCCAGACCCAUGUGCAAUUUAAUCACAAAGGGUAUAUGAACUUGGAACAUUGGCGGCAGAAGGUGGAAGCUCCAGCUGAAGAUGAACAAGAUGUUCUUGGAUCUCAGGAAGAUGAGAGCACUUGGUGGGAAGAGACCUUUGGUGGAAACACAGAUUCAAAACCCCGAGGAGCGGAGAGUGUAGGAUUGGAUAUCAGCUUCCCUGGCUACACUCAUGUGUUUGGUAUCCCUGAGCAUGCAGACUCUAUGUCCUUGAGAGAGACCCGAGGAGGAGAUGGUAAUCAUGAAGAGCCUUAUCGUCUAUACAACUCGGAUGUGUUCGAGUAUGAACUCGACAGCCCCAUGACUCUGUACGGAGCAAUUCCAUUGAUGCAAGCCCACCGAAAGGACUCGACUGUUGGUGUUUUCUGGCUCAACGCUGCCGAAACCUGGAUCGACAUCGUGAAGUCAAAGACCGACACUCAGAGCCAUUGGUUCUCCGAGGCUGGACAGCUCGACGUGUUUGUCUUCUUGGGGCCUACGCCUGGCGAGAUUAGCAAGAAGUAUGGCGAGCUCACUGGAUACACUCAGCUACCUCAGCAUUUUGCUCUCGCUUAUCACCAGUGCCGCUGGAACUACGUCACUGACGAGGAUGUCAAGGAGGUUGACCGCAACUUUGACAAAUACCAGAUCCCAUAUGAUAUUAUCUGGCUUGAUAUCGAGUAUCUUGAUGACCGAAAGUACUUCACAUGGGAUCCUUUGACCUUCCCCGAUCCCAUCAGCAUGGAGAAGCAGCUUGAUGAGUCGGAGCGCAAGCUUGUGGUGAUCAUUGACCCACACAUCAAGAAGCAGGACAAGUUCGACAUUUCCAAAGAACUGAACAGCAAAGGCUUGGCUGUCCUGAAUAAGGACGGUAAUGUCUACGAAGGAUGGUGCUGGCCGGGAGCUUCCAACUGGAUCGACUGUUUCAACCCUGCGGCCAUCAAGUGGUGGGUUAGUUUGUUCAAGUACGACAGGUUCAAGGGAACCCUUCCCAACGUCUUCAUCUGGAACGAUAUGAACGAGCCUUCUGUCUUCAAUGGCCCGGAAACCACAAUGCCAAAGGACAACCUGCACUAUGGCAACUGGGAGCACCGUGAUGUUCACAAUGUCAAUGGCAUUACGUUUAUCAAUGCCACAUACCAGGCUAUGCUGGAGCGCAAAAAAGGUGAAAUACGCCGGCCAUUCAUUCUAACCCGGUCAUUCUAUUCUGGUGCCCAGCGCAUGUCUGCCAUGUGGACAGGAGACAACCAGGCCACCUGGGAGCACUUGGCUAUCACCCUACCGAUGGUGCUCAACAACGGAAUCUCCGGUUUUCCAUUUGCCGGUGCGGACGUUGGCGGAUUCUUCCAUAACCCGAGUAAGGAGCUUCUGACCCGGUGGUAUCAGACCGGUAUCUGGUAUCCGUUCUUCCGUGCGCACGCCCACAUCGAUACUCGCCGUCGCGAGCCAUAUCUGAUUCAGGAGCCGUUCCGUUCGAUCAUCACGGAGGCCAUUCGGCUGCGGUACCAGCUCCUCCCUGCCUGGUACACUGCUUUCCAUGAAGCUUCCGUUAACGGUACACCCAUCGUGAGACCUCAGUUUUACGUUCAUCCGACAGAUGAGGCGGGCUUCACUAUUGACGACCAGAUCUACCUCGGAUCUACUGGUAUCCUCGCAAAGCCCGUGGUCACAGAGGACGCCACAAGUGUCGACAUCUACAUUGCGGACGAUGAGAAAUACUACGACUACUUCGACUUCACUAUCUACCAAGGAGCAGGAAAGCACCAUUCAGUCUCCGCUCCUAUAGAGAAAGUGCCUGUGCUGAUGCAGGGCGGACACGUUAUCCCACGCAAAGAUCGACCACGCCGUAGCAGCGGACUCAUGAAAUACGACCCGUACACGCUAGUGGUUGUUCUCGACAAGAACGGACAGGCGGAGGGCGCUUUGUAUGUUGAUGAUGGAGAGACCUUUGACUACCAAGGUGGGGGAUACGUCCACCGCCGGUUCCGCUUCCAGGACUCCUCACUCGUGUCGGAGGACAUUUCAACGCACGGUCCUCAGACGGCUGCAUAUCUCAAGAGCAUUGCCAGCGUGGGUGUUGAAAGAAUCGUGGUUAUUGACCCACCCCAGGAGUGGCAGGAGAGAAACACGGUGACUGUGAUCGAGGAUGGAGCAAAGACAUCAUCCUCGGCCCAGCUGGAGUACCAUACUCAGGGAGACGGCAAAGCUCCGUAUGCUGUGGUGAAGAACCCCAACGUUGGGAUUAGCAAGACUUGGCGGAUUGAAUUUUAA